CAUCAAAUUUCUUGAACAUCUUAAUUUCACUGCUAAUUUAAACAAAAAGUACUAACAAACUACGAAAGUCUUAUCUAUAUAAAAAUUGAAAUAUGAAAAUGUAGGUACAAUGGAGUACUCAUAAAACAACACUCAGAGUAACCAUUGAGACUCUUAAUAACCUCACAAUAUCAACUGUACCUUAUUAUAAAUUGUGAUUGCAAAAUUAUUCACCAAAUAGGAAUAAUAUUUGCUUAUAUAUAGGAAAUCCUGCACACAACACAUCAUCUUUCAAUUAAAAAAAAAAAAAAAUUCUAAAUCUCAUCAAAUAUUGAAAUCAUUAUAAUUUAAAAUCAAUUAAUAAUCAAUUUUGCCAUCAAUUUCAACCAUUUUUAAAAAUAAUUGUAUUAGUAUAGACUAUAAAUAUCAUUACCAUUGGUCAUUCGAUACAUUUAUUAGAAAAAACUAGAAAUUAAUAGAAAAAGUCAGAGGAAAUAGAGACAAUACAAUGGCUGAUCAAUAUAAUAAUCCUGAAGUGGAAAAUGUUGGAGAUGAAGAAGAUCAAGAAGAAUUCUUAAACUUGAAUGAAGUCGAUGAAGAAGUUCCUGAAGAUAAUGGCCCCGUGCCUGAUGACGAAGAAGAUGAUAUGGACAUGGAUGAUGAAAAUGGUGAAACUAUAGAAAUCGAUAUGUCUAAUAAUUCAUGGGCUUAUUUUGAUAAACAUACUGAUAGUAUAUUCACUAUUUUUAAACAUCCUGUCUUACCUUUAGUGGUUACUGGAGGGGGUGAUAAUACUGCAUACUUAUGGACUACUCAUACUCAACCUCCAAGAUUUGUAGGUGAAUUACAAGGUCAUAAAGAAUCAGUUAUUAGUGGUGGAUUUACUUCUAAUGGAGAAUUUGUCAUCACUGCUGAUAUGAAUGGUUUCAUUCAAGUUCAUAAAGCUAGUAAAGGAGGAGAAAAAUGGACUAAAUUCGCUGAAUUGGAUGAAGUUGAAGAAGUCUUAUUCGUCAUUGUUCAUCCUUCCUUACCAUAUUUUGCAUUUGGAGCCAAUGAUGGUUCAGUAUGGGUUUAUCAAAUUGAUAAAUCAUCUAAAUCUUUAGUUCAAAUCAUGUCUGGAUUCUCUCAUUCCUUAGAAUGUAAUGGUGGUGUAUUCAUUGAAGGUAAAGAUGAAAAUGAAUUAACUUUAGUAACUAUUUCUGAAGAUGGUACUAUUGUAAAUUGGAAUUGUUUUACUGGAGUAGUGAAUUAUAAAUUACAACCUUAUGAUGAUUUCAAAGGUACUGAAAGUCCUUGGGUUACUAUUAAAGUUUAUAAAAAUGUCAUUGCUGUCGGUGCUAGAGAUGGUCAAUUAACCAUUAUAAAUAAUGAUACUGGUAAAAUCGUUCAUAAUGUCAAAACUUUAGAAAAUGUCGAUGAUGUGAAUGAAUUAUCAAUUGAAGCUCUUAGUUGGUGUAAAGCUAAUGGAAUCAAUCUUUUAGCUGUGGGUUUAGUCUCUGGUGAUAUAUUAUUAUUUGAAACUUUCCAAUGGAGAUUACGUAGAACUAUUAAAGUGAAUGAUGCCAUUACAAAAUUAGAAUUUAUAAAUGAUACCCCAUUAUUAGUGGGUUCAAGUAUGAAUGGUAAGAUCUAUAAAUGGGAUGCUAGAACUGGUGAAGAAAUAUUUGCUGGUGUAGGUCAUAAUAUGGGAGUGCUAGAUUUUGCGGUCCUUGAUAAUGGGAAACAACUUAUAACAGCUGGUGAUGAAGGUGUCUCAUUGGUAUUUAAACUUGAAUAGGUUACAUUAACUUGUUCCAUAAAAAUCUGUACAUUAUAUAUAUAAAAAGCUUCUGUUAGAUAUUCAUUUCAAAUGCAUUAAUUAAUCGUGUAUCUGUAUUACGUAGACCAUAAAUGUGUAUAAACCAGUUUAGCACUUUUUAGCAGUAAUUGAAAUAAAUUUUGAUACUGGAACUGACGCGUUUAAAAAAUUAAAGCAGCCAAACAGUCAAACGCGAUAUCAAAACAAAAAUAUUUAAACCAUUUUAAAUUGCAACUGAUUAGAACCAUCUAAAGACAUAUAUAUCAAGGAUGACUCAGGAUAUAGAACCACC